GUCCGUCGCAAGGUGGCGCAGGCGCAGUGACGAAGGCCGCGCCGACGGUAGUAGCGGCGGCGGCGAUGUCCCGCAAGCAGGCGGCACGGGCGAGGCCCGGGAAGGCGGAGGUGGAGCGGAAGCGGGACGAGCGAGCGGCCCGCAGAGCGGUGGCCCGCGAGAGGCGCAACCGAGCCCAGGGCGAAGGCGAACACGACGGCGGCGGCGGCGGCCUCAACGAACAGCUGCGAGCUCUCGGACUGCGCCUGCGCGAAGUGCCGGGCGACGGGAACUGCCUGUUCAGGGCCCUCGGGGACCAGCUGGAGGGCCACUCCCGGAACCACCUCAAGCACCGGCAGGACACGGUGGCCUACAUGAUCCAACAGCGGUCGGACUUUGAGCCCUUCGUGGAGGACGACGUCCCUUUCGAGAAGCACAUUGCCAAUUUGUCCCAGCCGGGCACGUUUGCUGGCAAUGACGCCAUCGUAGCCUUUGCGAGGAACAACCAAGUGAAUAUCGUCAUUCACCAGCAAAAUGCCCCCCUCUGGCAGAUCCACGGGACGGACAAGAGCAACGCCCGAGAGCUGCACAUCGCGUACCGCUACGGCGAGCACUACGACAGCGUCCGAAAGGUCAACGAUAACUCGGCGGCUCCCGCUUGGCUGCAGACGGAGAUGCUGUGCCAAAAUGAAUCCCCAAACAAGGAGGCCCCCCAGGCGAAGGGGGAGAGGCAGCAGCCGAAAGAAGAAACGGGGGAGGAAAUGGAGGACGCUCUCCAGAAAGUCCACAACGCCACCGGAUGCUCAGACGUUGAUUUAAUUGCCCAAGUCCUGGAGGCCGAAGGCUACAGCAUUGAGUCCGCCAUCUUUGCCGUUUUCCAGAUGAAAGAGUUGGAAAAACUCCGCGCAGAGGAAGACCAGGCCAACAGGCCGAACCCGCAGCCCAGGCCGGCCCCUUGGGACGCGAAGGGAAGCCGAGGCAGGACUCUGGGCCCCCAGGAAGUGGAAAACAAUAAUAACCCUCGUGGGAAUCUGGUGGAAAGGAACCGCCCCACUCAGAAGGUCUCCCCCAAGCAGAAGAAGGAGCUUCAGCGGUUGGAGAAGAAGAAGCGCCAGGAGGACAGGCACCGGCAGAGAGUCCUGGCCGGCAAGGGCAGCCCCUCGGACAAUAACACGGCCACCAGGAGGGACCCCCAGGCGCAGGUCACUCUGGUCAAGACCUUUGCCACCCUCAGCAUCUGACUCGGCCGCGCUGGACGGCCUUCGCUUCUUCCAAAGAGACGGGGAAGCCCCAAGACACACAAACAACACCUCGGUGGGUGCCGAUUGGGACAGGGUGGCCGGGGGCUUCUUUGCCCAUUUGGGGGGUUCUUCCCCUGCUCAAACCCCCCCCUCACAUUCCUGGCAGGCUCCUUUCUUCCAUCAUCAUGGGAAGAAUCGCUGGCCAAAAGUUUUGCUCUCGUUUUUUCUUUCAUUGCCUUGGGGUUCAGCGCAAGAGGUUUAAGGGGGGCUGGUGAGGAGGGGGAGGGCAGAUCUCCCUUGGUGAGUGGAGGGAGGGGGGGUCCGGCUUCACAAGGGGGAAGGCUGUCUUGGCAGGGCAAUGCUGGGGCUUCCGAAAGCCAUUCGGGGGUAGAAGACAACAUUUGCAGGAGUUUCUCCCCCCCCCCCCCCCCCGAAAUAUCUGUUCCUCAGUUGGUUCAGGCGUCAGAUGUUGGGGGGGCGAAAGAGCUCAGAGAGAGAGGCGGGAGGGGAGGGGCUUUUACAUGCCCUGAACGCCCCCCCCCCUCCUCCAGUGGUCAGCUCUUCUGCAAAGCCCCCAAGAUCUCGCCUUUCGGUUCAAUUUGUAAUUUUAUCAAUGUUGAUGAAAUAGCCGUUUUCCCUUAAAAAAAAACCCCGUUUUUCUCCAAA